ACCGGCACCCUCCACCUCGGCAAAAAACCCGGUACCGCCGACUCCCUCCUGAGAGAUAAAUCCACCGCCCCCGCCAAAGCAGCCAUCCUCUCCGCCCUCGCCGCCUUCGACUCAGACGACGACGAACGCGACGACACCUACGACGCCGCAGACGUAGGGGGGACCGUGGACACCUCCCUCGGGGACGAGAUCCUCCCCGACGGGGCGGAGGCGCACCUCUUCCGUACUUACCAGGCCAACCCCAAGCUCUUCGCCCGGGACAAGGAAUCGAGGCAGCACGCCGAGAGGAUCAGGCUCAGGGCCGAGACGGGCAUGAGCGAUGAGCAGGUUGAGGGGUGGGCGGUGAUGCUGCAGCGGGAUGUGAACCUGCAGAAGAGGCUGCAGAAAAGGUAUGGCGAGUGGAGUGGUGAGCAGGUUGAGAUCCAGAGGACGGGGUGGGUUGCGGGAGAGGAUGAUACGGAUGGUGAUGGGCCUUCGAGAGGAGGUGGGUUUAGGGGCGGUAGGGGACGUGGUGGAAACAGGGGAAGAGGUGGACGUGGUGGUGGUGGAAGGGGUGGUGCUCAGCAAUCUGGAGAGUCGGGACCCCAAGAUGAUGCCGCCAGACGGAGAAAAGAAGCCAACAAGGGCAGCCGAGCCAACCACAACAGACGUGAUCAACGGGCGAAAAAGAUGGCCAGGGGUGGUUUUGCUGGUUAA